CCAGCCCGCGGCGCGACCCCACGCCGCGCCGGCACUAGCUCCGCGUCGAACGCCCCGCGGCCCGGCCCGGCCUUCCGCCCCCACCGCCGGCGGAGCGGGGCCACGCCGGCCAUGGCGGAGCGGAGCAGCCCCCGCGCCCCGCGGACGGGACGCACUGGGGCGGUCGGGCGCGCCGUGCCCGGAGCGGGGCCGGAGGGGCCGCCGAGAAGCCGUGCCGCCGCGCCGGGGCUGCUGGAGUGCCGUCGCUGCCGGUACCUGCGCACGGCCAGGGCCUGCUGCCAGAUGGUGGGAGCGCUACUCGCCGCGCUGAUCCUGGUCUGCAGCUCCGUCUCCUACGGCUCCUCGGGAGGCUACACGGGUCUUCCCAGCCUGGGGGGCAUUUACUACUACCAGUACGGCGGGGCUUACAGUGGCUUUAGCGGAGCAGACGGGGAAAAAGCCCAGCAGCUUGACCAGCGUUUCUACCUACUAAAGCUGCCAAUUGCGAGGGCAGCAGUGGCCGUGGGAGCGUGUCUCCUCGUCUUCUCUUGCGUUCUUAUUGUGGUUGGUGUUCUACGGUUACCAUGGCAUUUCCCAGCAUGGCUCCUACUUGAAUGUGUCCUGGACACAGUGAUUGCAAUUGGCAUGGUGCCUGCUCUGUACUAUUUCUUCCAUUUUCUGCUGGAGGCUUAUAAUUCAUCAGUGUGCAAAGAGAGAGAGCAGCUUUAUCAAAGCAAAGGCUAUCAGGGCUUUAGCUGCAGCCUGCAUGGGGCGGAGAUUGCUGCUGGCCUCUCGGGCUGCGUAGCUGUCAUGGCAUACCUGCUUAGUGCAGGCCUAGCUGCCAGAGGGUACAGAACAGUUCACAAACUGAAACAGAAGCCAGUACAAUUACAUGAGCAUUAGAAUGAUUCCUCUGCUCCGGUAAUGGUCAUGAUUUUUACCAGCCUCCUUACUGAGACAAAGCAGUAUGCUUUUCCUUGUUUCUGGGCAGUGCAUCCGUACUGCUGUAGCAGAACGCACGCUGAGACAGUAUAGCUCUAAAUACAGCAGAGUCAAGCUGUUCCUAACUUGAAUUUGCAUUAUUGAAUUAUUAGUGGACACAAAGUUAGUCCGAUGGCUUGUCUUCAUCUGGUGGCUGUCUCUUAGUAGAGAAUGACUGUCCUUGUGUAGUUGACUAGCAAGCCGCCUGUUUCACAGGUAGCCUUUCCCUCCCCUCCAUCGGGUGUCUUGUUCUCCUCCAGUGAGGUCUUGCUACGAGUACUGCUACUACAUAUUUCUGCUGACAGCGUUCUGUAGCUGAAACUGUCUCUACAAAGGGCAUGUGACUGUUCACCAAGAACAGAACUCUUAAAAAUGAGCGAUUGAGGCCCAUGGCUCUGGCAGCUAAUUAUUGCUUUCUUGUAGGUCUCUUGGAACUAACAGGGCAGUUUGAACGUGAUGUUUAUAGAGCCAUCAGAGAAUCCUGAAAUAAACUUGCAAAAUGGUGAAUACACUCAGCCUAAUUUGCAACACUGCAUUUUCAAACUCUCCUGGAGAGGGCACAUUUUUGUAUGAAAUGGUCUUUUAUAUAACUUGUAUACAACAGUUUUGCUUAAAAAGAUGCCCUGAUUUGGGAUAAUCAGACAAAAGUUUUAAGAGCUCAAACAGGUGGUUUAAGAUAAAAGUAUAUUGUUUUCAAAAUACAUUUUUAAUGUACAAGUUGGGGAACUGAGAUGCUGCUCUUGUAUUAUUUAUUAAAAAAAGGUGAAAUUUACUUUUUAAAAAAAACUUUUGUAAGAAAUUUAACAGGGAAAAGAAAUGUAGCACUAGAUUCACAAAAUCAUGCCUCAGAAUGAAGUGUCACUUCACAGCACUGCCCACUAUGUGCACUGUCCAUGUGAAGAUGGAACCACCUCUGGUCUCACAGACCAGUUCUGCCCAUGUUAAAAAAACCCCAAAACCCAAACACCAAACUAAACAUACCAGAAAUGUGGUUUGUCUUGGAUAUAUCUCCAGUUUCACUGGUACCAGUGACUAAAUCCUCACAAUUGCCAAAACCAUGGAACACUGUUGGAACUAGAGAUAUGAAAGUAAACCAAAUGCAAAAUAGGAACACACCAGGUGCUCUGGGGUUUGUUUGGUUUCUCUUCCCUUUUAGUAGCUAGAUGUAUUGAGUGUCUCAGCGCAGGGAUUUAUGUGGACGGUCCACUGUGGUCCUUUCUUUUAAUGAUUCUGUAUUUCCUGCUUGCUGCAGCUACUUUUAGAGAGCUGUACAGUACUAUUUAGAGCAAGUUCACAGGGCGGAUUUCUCUGGUAGGAUACAGAAAACUGCCUAGUAAUUGGUAUUAUGAAUUCAGCCCUCACAGUGUUUUGCAAGUAGCUUUUGUAUGGAAGGCUGAUGAGUGAAGUAGCACACAGAGCUCAGUAAAAGACAACCUAGAGCACAGCUGCUGCUAGCCACAGCUAUGUUUGGGAUAUUGCACAAAUCCCCUCCAGCGCAGUAACGGAAUCAGAAUAUAUAGUUAGAUGAAAGUAAAAAUCUUUAUUGCUAAGUCAGCUGAAAAGUUGAUGCAAAAAUAUUCUUCCUUCCUGGACUGCUCUAUACAUCUGAAUAAAGAAUCAAUGGAA